CCAAAGCUCCAGUACAGGUUGUUGUCCUUAAAGGUGAACAGCCACAGUGGGAAAACUGGGAGUGAUGGCAUCAGCCUGGACGUCACGGAGAACAACUGCAAUGGUCAUCAUUACUGCACUUCAGUUCCAAGCUCUGAUCAGUGUCGAAACUAUGACUGUUACCAGUGUGGAGGGUCAGAGUUUUGACUUCAUUUGUAAAUAUCCAGCUGAAAUGUGGUCAAAUGCUAAGUAUUUUUGUGUUGAAGAUGGCCAAAUGUGCAGUACAGUCCUGAUAAAAACAGAUAAACACAACAACUGGACAAGAGAUGGACGUUUCUCAUUGUAUGACAACAUUACUGGGGCCUUCUUCCUGGUCCGGGUGGACAAGCUCAUGUUGCAGGACAGUAGGAAGUACUGGUGUGGUGUGGAUGUCAACUCUCACCCUGAUCAUAUUAGUAUCAUACAACUAAAUGUCUCUCAAGAAUGCAGCCCAGUAAACCUCUCACAUCGCAGUAAGUCCACUGAUGAACCAACACAUCAUAACAUCAUAGUGGACAAGCACAACCUCCCCUUGUUCCUGACCGCCGUGAUGUGUGUCGCAGCGCUUCUGUUUGUAUUUCUCUUCACCCUUUGUCUGCUGCUGGUUGUCAACAAACGAAGAUCGAGCAGACAGCCACAGAUGUCGACUGACUAUGUGACAAUGAUGCCUGGUGUGAGACCUGAACCGGAACACCGCUGCAGAUGUUCGUUUCCGGACCGGAUAGAUCUUUCAGAUUUUCCACCCCCGCCUCCUGACCUUUGCUUCCACUUCACAUCAAAGCAACGGGAGUCCACUGUCACCCUUGGUGUUGAAGAAUACGUAGACGUGGAUGUAUCAGAGCGGAUCUGCCAGUACCAACAUCUAGAUCUGGGUCGGUCAGAGGAGCACGUCUAUCACAGUCUUCAUGGAAACACUGGCCCUAAAGACAGAGCCAGAGUCAAAGAGUAGUUCAUGCUCACAAGUUCAGAGUCAGAUUUCAGUAGCUACAGAAUCAGAGAUGAUUACUUUGAGACAACAAAGGAGGCUGAACUUCCCCUAACGCUUCAAAUGAAUGGGCAGAAUUGCACAGUUGAAUUUACAAUAAAGAUCCAAAUUACAUUUAAAUUAAAAUUAUGCACUUAAUUUUAUGGCUAUGUUGUUCUGGUCAGCUGUUUAUUGUUUUGCUUUCUGACGCAAAUUCCCCGAUACAUUCUGAUAUCAGUAGCCCACACUUUUGAAUUCCCACUGACAUCGAGCAUCAGUGGGUUGUCUAUGAGGCAGCACCAAGCUGUUUUUUUUCACUGCAGGGAUGCAUGGUGGUCAUUGGCUAAAUAUAUAAAAUCAUGCCACCCAAAACCCUCUCACAGAUGUUCAGCAUUUCUGGGAGUGAAUGGGUCAGUCAGCAGGCCAGGACGCUGGACUUUGGACGUUGGAUUGGAUGAACUGUUCAACAGAGCAGGUAUUGGUCCGAAAGGAUGAAGCCGUUUUGACUGACAGCGAUGUUGAAACAUACUGGCAUCGGAGCACGUUGGAGCUCAGACCCAUGCGGAUAUCAAUGGAAGAGAGGAUGUUUGCCAAAGUGCCGUCCAAACUGUGUCUCUGUGUUUGUUUAAAAGACACAGCUGGACAGUGCAAUGCCUCAGCUUUACUUUGGUGAAACAAUAUGGUCUACAUCAGCUGAAGAGAAACAGGGCCAAGUCAUACACCUGCAAGUGUGUGUUGCUGUGGUUUUAUGGCAUAGAUGAAGCAUAACAGCCUCAGUUAAGCAUUCCUUUUUUUUUUUUAAAAAUUGCUUUGCUGUAAUACGACAAGUUUCAUGAUGGAGCUGUAAGAUGAACUUCAUCUGUUUUAAAGACCAGCAGCUGCCACUGCACAGAAUGCAACCAAAUUAAAGGAAAAUGUGUCACAAUUUCAAAGGAAGUUUGAGAAGACUGAAAAAAGAAAACCCAAAUAUAUUCAAGUUUCCAUCCACUACAGUCAAAUAUUAAGAGCUAUUUUUUUGGGUUAAAAUAUUUACCCAUUAAAAUGGUGUUUCACUCAGUAAUAUACAAGUUAUUGAUUGAGGAGCUGAUAAAUGUAUGAGAUGUAAUAUUUGUUUGUGCACAUCAUUAUACAUGGUGGCAUUUCAUUACUUUUUUCCAUCUAUUAUAGCAUUUUUGUCUGUUUCUUGCACUGAAACAAAGAAUCCUGCUGUCUCCUUAUUAGUCCACACAUGGAGACACACAGUUAUUUACUAAAUCUGUUUCUAUUCCAUUUAUUUUCAUUG